GGCGUGAGAGGGACAGGAUGAAUAAUAACAGGUUGUCCAAAAUAUUGGACGAUUGAGCGGCGACAACUUUUAAUGGCGCCAACAUCGAAAAAAAGUCUACUCGCUCUGUUUUAAACGAUGUAAACAUUUUUUUUAUGUGUAUUGGAUGUUGACAUCGCAGAAGCAUGCCUCUGUCAACUCAGUCCCAAGCAGAUGAUGAGCAGUACAUUCUUAUAGCCAGUCUGGAUAAUGCGAAGAAUCUCUCCAACAUCCUCAAAGCCAUCUCUUUCAAGGACCAUGCCAUCUUCAAUGCUACGCAGAAUGGUUUAAAGGUGACAGUGGAGGACUCCAAGUGUCUUCAAGCCAAUGCAUUCAUUCAGGCUGACAUCUUUCAAGAAUACAUCAUCAAAGAGGAUGCAGUCGGGUUUCAGGUGAACUUAACUGUGCUCCUGGAUUGCCUCACCAUAUUUGCUGGAAGCACAGUGCCAGGUGUGUGCACUGCCCUGAAAAUGUGCUACGCUGGCUAUGGAUACCCACUGACAUUGUUCCUAGAGGAAGGCGGCGUGGUCACUGUGUGCAAAAUCAAUACACAGGAGCCAGAGGAGCCCAUAGACUUUGAUUUUUGCAGCACAAAUGUAAUCAACAAGGUUAUUCUGCAGUCAGACAGUCUCAAAGAGGCUUUCUCUGAGCUUGACAUGACCAGUGAGGUUCUGCAGAUUACUAUGUCACCAAGCCAUCCUUACUUCAGAUUAUCCACAUUUGGAAACUCUGGGAAUGCCCAUUAUGAUUACCCUAAAGACUCAGACAUGAUGGAGCUGUUCCAGUGUACUAAAACGCAGACAAACAGGUAUAAAAUGUCCCUGUUGAAGCCCUCUACAAAGGCCUUGGCCCUGUCCUGUAAAGUCUCAGUGAGGACCGACAGUCGAGGCUUCCUCUCUCUACAGUAUCUUGUGAGGAACGAUGAUGGACAGAUUUGUUUUGUGGAAUACUAUUGCUGCCCGGAUGAAGAAGUGGAAGAAGAAUAGACGUGACAUUUUUCAUUGUUUCCUUUGACUUUUACCAAAAAUGUAAUGUUUACAAUGGAGAUGCUUCAUUUGAUUGGUUAGUUCUUAUGUUCAACAUCUUUGCUUAUAAGGCUUUCUGAAAGAGCAAUGUUUUAUUGUUUGAUAUUUAAUGCACACUGACCUGAUGGUUCAUGUGAAUCCAUUACACAUGGAAUAUCCCCCUUCUGAUAGUACAUCCCUCUGUAGUUAAAUAAAGGUUAACUAUGAUAAAGUUCUCACUUUUAACAACCAAUGGACGUUGCCUUGAAUUUGACAGCACUGUGCUUGAUCGGCAGAGGGCGACAAAGAGAUGCUAAUUGUUACAUGUGUUAGAAGUCUGAUACGGAACAUUUUUGCGUCAUGUGUCAAGAUGGAAUUAUGCAUAAAUUAAUGUCAUAGACAUGGUUAUAUUUGGACUCUUGGCCUUGCUUUUACCUCUUCAAAAAUAGUUUACUCUUUUAUCUAUGAUAAAGUUCUCCCCUAGGAAUUGGCUACAGUAAAUGCCCUCAUUAGAGCAAAUAUAAAUUGUGUGUAUAUAUAUAUAUAUAUAUAUAUAUAUAUAUAUAAUUGAGUAAUGUUGCAAGACAUAUGUAUAACAUAUUCAGUGACCAUAUCCAAUGGUCAGCUUGCAACUAAUAAUAUUUUGUAUGAUAAUGGCCUAAAUUAUAAGACAGUCGAACGGUUAAAGUUGUUGCCUGUAACAUCGACAUUUUUAAUGUAUGUUCAUUUUAUUACACGAAGGCGUUGUGAGGCAAACAAGCAGCUUUACGUUGAUAUUGGUUGACGCACGCACUGUUAAAAGAAAGUCCCAGAACAGCGCGCGAUGCUUGAACUGCCGCCUCGCGACCAAUCGCUUCGCCACUCGCAGCUGUCGAGGCAACACUGUUUCCGGGCAGAGGAACAUUACAGGAGCAAAACAACGGUACUUCUGUCGCUCUGCGAGCUCCAUCCUGCUCAUCUCAGCGGGUGACUGCCCUCAUGAUGCAUGUCAAUGCCGCAUACAAGCUGCUUAGAGACUGCAGUAAAGCCCACUAAAUGAGUAUCAACGCUGUUAUCAUUAGAUUAGGUUCAUAUGCUUAAAAUAAAUAAUAGUGAUUUUGAUCUAAUUUGUUUGAAAUCUUACAUUAUUUUUAUAUAUUUUUAUUAUCCUCUUUAGUUAGAUAACAAAUGACCAGGGUGGAGGUAAAAGAUAUUAAGUGAUAAUUUUUUUUUUUAGAUCUAUUAAGUUAUUAAAUAUACAUUUAAAAAAAUUAUCACACAAAACAAUCGCUUAAAUACACCUAUAUUGAACGUGUUUCCAAUUUCUGAGUUUAAAGUCAUAUAUAUAUAUUAUUAUUAUUAUUAUUAUUAUAUAUUUUUUUCUGUGCCUUAAAGGAAUAGUUAAUCCAAAAAUGAAAAUUUUCUCAUCAUUUACUCACCCUCAUGCCAUCCCAGAUGUGUAUGACUUUCUUUAUUUUGCAGAACAGAAACAAAGAUUUUUAGAAGAAUAUUUCAGCUCUUUAGGUCAGUACAAUGCAAGUGAAUGGGUGCUGGAACUUUGAAGCUCCAAAAAGCACAUAAAGGCAGUAUAAAAGUAAUUCAAAUGACUCCAGUGGUUAAAUCCAUGUCUUUUGGGUGAGAACAUACCAAAAUGUAACUCCUUUAAAAAGAAAAAUAAAUGUUGCCAUGAGAAGAACAGAAUCAUACAUUAUUAAUAUUUCUUUAAAAAAAAAAAAAACGGUUAAAAAAAUGGUGUUUUAAAAUGUGAUUAAUAUUUGAAAAACUUUUGUCCAAAAGACCAAAUCAGUCAUGUGGUGUAACUAAUCAUAGUUGCCAUUUUGUUGUUUCCGUUUAACCAUGAAAGAGAGAGGACCCCUUUGGACCUUCAAGCCUGAGUGUAAAGUAAAAAUAAAAUAACAGAUAAUUUGACAUUUUAAAAAAGAAAUACACAUUUUGUUCAGGUCAUGUGGUGUAACCCUGAGAAAACGUCUUGAUGUUCUUGACUCAAUAAUGUAAGAUAUUUAGAAAAAUAUAUAUAAUUUGAAAAAAAAAAUUUUUUUUGAAAAGUUAUCAAAUACAUUUUUGUAGAAAAUGCUAAAAAUGUUUUUCAAAAAUGUAUGAAACUAAAUUGGACUCAAAGAUUACAUUUCUAUGAACUUGACAUGUGUGUUUUAAACUUAUGUUUUCUCAUUUUUAUCACCACAGACAACCUUUCAAUGACUCAUGGACAGAAAGGCUUUUGUAUUACAGCAAAGUUCUUUAAUUGGCUAAUUAUAAAAUCACGAUCAAUCAAUUACAUUGAAAUAUAGUGAAUUUCACUACAUCUAUAAUUUUCUUUUAUAAUUGAUCUAUUUACUUGCACAUAAACAGUAACUGGAAUGGACAGACAACAUCCAACAACAUUCGGCGUAACCAAGUAAACACUGUCCACAGACCAAGACCUGUGUAUCAUUUGAUAAGGGUAAGCAACUUGAUCCAGGUAGAACUAUAUCACUCAAAGAGGUGAUGUCAGGGGGAUGGCAUCACUUUUUGCACAUUGAACACAAGCUUGGAGAUGAAGUGGACAAUCCCCAUUUCUCAGAUAAACAAUCCUGCACUGACCCGCUGUCUUGACCCACCAGUGAAUCAAGUGGUGUCAGGUUCUGCCAAUGGCAUUGCUGGGUUUUGUAAACAACACAAGCUCAGCAAUGACCUAACUGUUGUGACAUGCCAACAAUUAGCAACAAGAGAGCCCAUGGGAGAUAAAGAGAAGGUGCAUGGGUUUCAGUGCUGUCACCAGGGACUAUGAGUCAUCAUAUUGUCUGUUACAUUAAGUGACGGAGGUUACAUACAUUCAAAAAAAAUGUGGUCAGGUGUCUGCGCUACGUAACCUAAAAUACUGUUAAUGAAAGUGAAUUAGAAGUAUCAAAACCUAUUUUUUUGUUCAUGCAGACUUUUAAUAGCCAGCUAUUCAAAUGAAAUAAAGUCAUUUAAAUGUCACUCCACAACAUACAAGCAAUAGCAAAAGUAAAAGUGAAAAACUUGGGUACGUGGUCCACACAAUGUAGUGUACAGAAUAAACAGCAUACAAACACACACAGUAUGUACACAUUACACAUACUGUAUAUUCACAAAAUGGACAUGGUACAUGCAGGGGCAUGUCCAGG